AUGUCCAAAUGGAUUAUAACAGCUUCUUCAGGUUGCCCUACUGGCUACAUUGCGCAUGAUGGUGCAUUCUACAAGGUGUACAACCAAAGCAAGACCUACGACCAGGCCAGGGAGCAGUGCGCAGCAGACGGGGGGCUCCUGGCCAUGCCGAAGAACAAACAGCUCGACGCCUUCUUGUUCAGGCUGAAGAACGCCCUGGUUGGGCCCGCGUCUGGAUAUGUCUGGUUCGGACUGAGCGAUGAGCACCGUGAGGGUGAGUGGAAGUGGGCAGACGGGACUCCACACAACAUCACCGCCGACUGGGGGAACUGGGUACCGUACCAGCCUGAAGGUUGCGCACACUACUACGGGUGGAUAUCGGAAGGAUGGAAUAGCAUGCGGUGCGAUUUCUCUAAUAAAUUCAUCUGCCAGCUGGCACAGCUCUGCCCAGGAAAGCUUGACGGAUCGGACUACCGCGGCAACCUCUCCGUCACUAAAAGUGGGAGGACCUGCCAGCGAUGGGAUUCCAACACUCCUCACUUUCAUCACAACUACUGGCCGGGGACGUCAGGGCCGGGGACUGACCCUGACGUGGCCGAGAACUACUGCCGCAAUCCAGACAGUGACGAGACCACUCUGUGGUGCUACACAACGGACCCUAGCACACGCUGGGAGUACUGUAACAACCCGACAUGCCUUAUCUAA